UAAUUAGUGAAUGCCGACCCGUACGGAAGCUCAUACCGAUACUGCUGGUAUAUUGACAAUGAUAUUGUGAGAAUGCCUGUCAUGAAGAGCGAACGCGCUAGACCCUGAAAAAUCCUCAGGGGCGUCUUGGCUGAGUCGGCUUCUUCAAAUACUUGUCACUCGCACAGCAAAUAUUUGCCAGCUUCGCUCCAGCUUGACCUUGCAUGUGUCAAAGGGGAGCCCAAACAUGGAAAACAGUGUAUCAUUUUGAUGAAUAAGUGCCGGAGGACACAGUCUAGGCCUGGCCAAGACGACUGCAGGCGAGACUUUGAGUAUGACAGGCGUGUGAUCCAGACUCAACGCAAAGUCUCCAGCACGCGUCGGAGUCUCCUAAAUCGCGCUCCUGAAAAUAUCGCGGUCUAUAAGAUACAUCGAUUAAGCCGUGAUCUCGUCCCUUCUUGAUAGACAAACCUUUCACACUCCAGCCAUCAAAAGUCUGUUUUUGAUGAAGACACUUAUGCAGACCUCUCAGCCUUGUAUUGGCUUGCGCAUACUACUCUUUGGCACCAUCCUUAUACAAGGCAUCUUCUCAGGAAAUUGCGUGAGCUCCAAAGGCAAGAGUCCGUGCGUUGAUCCCUCUGGAUCUGCAUCUAAAACGGGUCCUGAGCACGAAGGCACCAUCGGAGACUCUGGUGAAAAUAAAGCGGGCGACGCAAGUGCAUCAGGACUGUCUGAUACGCUGAUGACCACACAGGUGGAAUUCAUCAUUGAGCAGACGUUCACGGUCUUUGAAGGAGAUGAAAGCUGUCAAGAUCGCUGCUGGCGUGAAGUUUUCAAUUAUCGAUCGAGGCGAGCGGAGUAUACAGCUCCUCCUCCCGUGCAUCAUCACUGCAAUCUUGGGUGGAUCCAAUUUGGUUGGAGGACGCUCGAGACGUCACUGCCGAAACACAUCUUGGGUGAGCCGGAUUGGUUCGAGGAUCUGUUUAAAAGGGACUUCAAGAACUUAGAGCAGCCGAUGGAGAAAGGUGAUCCCGAAGCCUCCUUACGAAUACUUGCUGAAGUGGCAAUUCUGAUUUUGGAUGCAGUUGCAAGAGGCGACACGGGGAAAUCGUCUCUUCCACAGGUACCUGGUCACGCCUUCCACCACUACAGCAACAAGAAGUACCCCCAAAACGAGAAGAAGAAUACACGAGACCCAGAUCAUGCAGGUCCAAUCCACAAAGCGUCUCCACCCACUUGCUAUGCAGGAGGAACAAGCGAAUACACUUGUCACAGAGAGUACCAGUUUCCAACAAGCUUUUCUUCUGCAAUCGAGGGAAUGACGAGAGUGAUUUCGGAUUACUGUAUCUACGUCAAAAAGAAGCUUCAAGGCAACACCCAAGCGGAGUCCCAGCAGCCUUCUUCUUCUGGAUCUCAAGCGAGUUCUUCCAAGGAACCACAUCAUUGGCGGCCCCACAGGAACAAGGGGCCAAAACAGUGUAGGUGUCAGAUUGCUGUUGUCGUUAAUCACUUCUUGUACGACAGGGACAUACCCGAUCCCAUGUGCAACGCGACGGCUUUUGCCGAGCUUUUCUCAUACAACCAGGGGUCGUGGUAUUUGGUAGAAACUGGCAAAAAGCUGAUCGAUCAAAGCGAGCAGCUGCAAGCAUUCCCUGGUGCCAACAACAUUAUGAAGUUUAACGCUAUGAAGACGGAGUGGUACCUGUGGUGUAGGCAUCAAACUUUCUUUGCUCUUGCAUCCGAAAUGAUGGGCGAAGCUUUCCCCAGGCCUUCAGGCAUACCCGAUCUUCCAGUAACGGAUGAAGAAAAGGAGUACUUUGGAAAGCAAACGAGUUUAGUCUACUGGUUGCGAACGCCAAAAUUCUUGGACACGAUGGCUACACGGGAAGCAUCCGAUCAAGAACCAGGGCCACGCCCUCCCGUGUCGCUCGUUUAGCGUCUUUGAUGGGGACUUGUAACGAACACGCAGCGUUAAACCUCCGCAUCCGACUUUCCCGCACCACAUGCUUUGGCAACUCAUCGCGGCUCUUCUAUCUUCCGCCCUUCAACGACGCUUACCACCUCAGCACUAUGCCUAUCGUUCCGCGCUUAGCUUGCUCGUUUCUGGCAACGCUCUGUCACGUUGUCUUACUCGCUCUUUUACUCGUCGACAACGUCCAUCACGUCGUCACUUGUUCUGCCUCUUCCUUAUCCUGCAGCUCGGACAUCUCCACUGGGCUCAUGCAAUCUCGCUUCUCCUCUUCUUUCCCUGUUCUCCUGCUGAGAGUCGGCUCCCGUGGGCUUCAUCCACAUCACCACCAUGCGCUCUCAUGCUCGUACUUGGUAGACAUACGUAGGCAGCCUUCCGCUGUCUUAUUCCUUAGUUUACAAUUUCUAUUCUUGUC